AUGGAACCAAUUGAUAAUGAUAUCCAAACAAUCGCAACAAUUUCACUGUUACAAUUACCAGAUAAGAAAUAUAAAUUAAAUAACGGUACUGAAACAGACAGAAUAACAGUUGCUGCUAAAAUCGGCCGUUGUCAUUUCGAAAUGCGAGAGAAACAUAAUGAAUUGACAGGUAGAUCCUUAUCUAGAAUAUUCAUAUCUAUAAAUAAUUGUAAAGAACAACCAAUUGAAUACUCUCAAAUCAUGAGUGCAUUGAUCCCAGCAUACAAUAAAAAGAUCAGCGAAAUCGACAGUAGUCAAUAUAAUCAAGACACUAUCGAUGCUUUCGAUAAAGAAGUAGAUUCAGAUCUUAUCGAUAAAUUGACAAAAAUAAAUGAAAACGUGGCCAUUGAUAUUGAUAUGAAAAAAUUGGAUGCUUUAAUUGAAGAAGCUAUCACAAAUGACAAACCUAUUAUCGGUCUUUAUUCAAUACUUCAGCAUACUAAAAUUCAAUUAAUCAAAAAAGAUACUGUUGUCAAAAUGAAAGAUAUGUUAAAAAUGGAAUUCGAGAAUGUUAAAAAACCAAACUGGUACAUUGAUAAGCUUUACUUACAAAGGAUGAUUAAUUUAUUGGAAAAAAUCACAGAUAUGGAUGAGAGUAUCAAAGCACGAGAUUUGGGAACUUUGCUUUCAAGUCAAUCUUCUGAUAGCACGUUGGAAGGCGUUCGGAAUGACAUUCUAUUCUUUUCUAAAACAUAUCCGACAUAUGGAAAGGUUUUACCAGAGCAUUUCGCUAAAGAAAAAAUUGAUCCAAAAUUAGUUACUGAUGAAAACAAGAAUGAUAUUUUCCGCUAUCCAAAUUUGUAUUUCAAUGUUGAUGGAAUUGAUUCAAUUUCUGAUUGCUUUAAUGAACUAUAUAAGCCUCUUUUUGAAGAAGGCAACUUAUCAUUUUCAUCCUGUGAUUAUAAUUUGCUUUCAAAGUUUUAUGAUUUGAUUUCAAUAUUUAUGUCAUUUGGAUUUUUGCCAUCGCAGACAAUUGUUGUCGAUGAAGUUGCUAAUUCUCUAUCAUCAACUGACUUAUCAAAUAUCAUUGAAAUAAUGAAAAUAAUUGCUAAAGAAAUCCCGAUGUCUUCAUUUUCAUUUUCAAAUUUGCUUAAAAAGUUCCAGAAUACAUUCAAUGAAAGAAUUAUCAAUACAGAAGAUGAAAGGAAUUGGUACAAUCACAACGAUCCAGAAUUAUCAGAUUUGUUUGAAUUGACUCGAAAGUUGGUAUGGGUUCCGAUAAUUAAUAAUCAAGAAGAAAUAAUCAAACAAGUCAAGUUAAACAAGCCGCGCUCAUAUGAUAAACUUCAAUCAUAUGUUACAAAUAUCGAUCCCGAUAAUGAAGACAUUAAAUGA